AUGGCUGAUAAGCUGGAUCUAAAUUACGAGAAUGACUAUGAUGUAUCGGAUUCUGAUGAAGAAUAUACACAACGCGAACGGAAUUUGCUGAAAAAAGUGAGAAAAGGCAACAAGAAAAAUGAUGAGAGUGAUGAAGAAGUCUUAAAAUUCAGCAGUGACGAUGAACCAGAGAAAUUCGAGGCUGACAGUGAUUUUGAUGGCAAUGAGCAAGAAGAUGGGUUACCAGACACUAGAUCCUGGGGUAAAAAGAAGUCAACUUUCUACAAUACAGAUUUUCACGAUAAUGACUACCGAACAUACACUGAAAAGGAAGAGGAAAUAGCAAAUCAAGAACAGCAGGAAGCUCUUGACAUCCAGAAACGAUUAGCAAGUGAAUUAAAUGAAACAGAUUUUAAUAUUGAAAUGUUUGCAUUGCCACAAGAAGAACAGCAAGAGGAAUUAAAAAUUAGUGCCACAAAAACUGAUUUAUCGGAUCUUAGUAAGAAGCAGAAACUUGCAUUAUUCAAAUCUGAAGCUCCUGAAUUUGAUGGUCUGGUUCAAGACUUUUCAAAUCGAAUGACAGAAUAUAAAGAGCUAUUACAGCCAACACUGGAUCUUUUUAAGGCAAUAGAUUUCACAGAUCAUCCAUUCAUAGAAUUCAUCAAGUGCCGAAGUGAAUUAAUCCUUAAUUAUAGUACAAAUAUAUCAUUUUACUUGAUGCUGAAAGCUAAACGAAUGAAAGUCAAAAAUCAUCCAAUUGUUAAAAGAUUAGUUCAGUUCCGUCAGUUAAUUUGUCAGCUUGACGAUAUAUUUGAGUAUGUAGUAAAGCCACAAAUUGAAACUCUUCUAGCUGAAAUUGGCAAUGCUGAUGAUGAAGAAAAGUCAGCAAAAUUAAAAAUGCUUGAAAAUCUUAAAUUAAAUGUCGAAAUGGACAUUGAAGAUUCGUCAAAGGACACAGAACGAAUUGUAAGCAAACCUUUAUUCCAUAAACACGAUUCCGAAAGUGACAAUGAGGAUGAAAAAGGUGAGAAAAUUGACGAGGGUGACAAAGUUGAUAAAAAAGGUGGAAAACGUGAAAUUACUCGACAAAUUGCCAAGAAUAAAGGUCUUACAGCAAGUAAAAGACGUGAAUUGCGCAAUCCAAGAGUCAAGAACAAGCUUAAAUUCGUUAAAGCUGUUAAAAGACGAAAGGGAGCUGUCCAGCCAAUCAGAUCAAAAGUUGAACUUUAUGGAGGCGAAGCAACUGGAAUUAAAACUCAUGUUAAAAGAAGUGUCAAAAUUAAGUAA